CCAGCAAGUGCUGAAGAAAGAAGAGAGCGAUGCAGAGUAAUUCGCUACUUCUGUUUUCUUCGUCUCUCUGAGGAGAUUCACUUUUACUUCGCAGACAGAGUGGUGUUCAGCAGGGGACAAAAAACAAAAGAGCGGAUGCAAAGCCAAAACCACCACUCCCUCUCCGUUCCACUCCAUGAAGCUCCAUCGUCUCGGUCAACAUUGUUACAUUUAUUCAGUCAGGAUGCAGGUCACGUUCCACUAAUGUGAGGCAUUAUCCGUUAAGAUGGCGUCUCUUAACCAUUCCACCUCCGUUCUGCCCUCCUGCACCUACAAAGAGGACUUCAAGCGCUUCCUCCUCCCGUCCGUCUACAGCCUGGUCUUCAUCUUCGGGCUACCGCUCAACUUUAUCAUCAUCCUGCGGAUCUGGGGCUCUCGGCGCGCUCUGACGCGGACCAAAAUCUACAUGCUGAAUCUCGCGGUGGCGGACUUCCUAUACGUCUGUUCCCUUCCGCUUCUCAUAUACAACUACGCCAGCAGUGACUACUGGCCCUUUGGAGACUUCACCUGCCGCUUGGUUCGCUUCCAGUUCUACAGCAACCUCCACGGAAGCAUCUUCUUCCUCACCUGCAUCAGCUUCCAGCGCUACAUGGGCAUCUGCCAUCCCCUGUCGCUGUGGCCGAGACAAGGUGGACGCAGGCUGGCGUGGCUCGUCUGUGCCGGCGUUUGGGUGGCCGUCGCCGUUCUCUGCGCUCCAACGUUCGAGUUCGCCGCCACCGGGAUCCAGCGCAACCGCACGGUGUGCUACGACCUCAGCGUUCCAGAGCGCUCCAUGGCGUACUUCCCCUACGGCAUCGCUUUGACCUGUCUGGGCUUUAUCGUGCCCUUUGUAGUGAUCGUGGUUCUGUACUGCAAAAUGGCACGGGUUCUCUGGCAGGAUGGCGAAGCCCGAGAAGUCACGGCCGUGGAGAGGAAGAAUAAAGCCGUGAGGAUGAUCAUCAUUGUGAUGCUGGUGUUCGCCAUCAGCUUCUUGCCUUUCCACGUGACGAAGACGCUCUACCUGCUGGUGAGGGCCUUUCCCACGGCCCCCUGCGAACUGAGGAACCUACUGUCUGUGGUCUACAAAAGCACCAGGCCCUUCGCCAGCAUGAACAGCGUUCUGGACCCCAUUCUGUUCUACUUCACCCAGCCGCAGUACAGACGCAGCACCAGGACUCUGCUGCUCAAGAUCACCUCGCUCAAAGACAAGGUUGACAGAAUCUGACCGAAUCGAAAAUGACUACGGUGAUUGCCAUUCUUUGCCAUCUAUUGUUCUAAUGUACCAAUUUUUUUUUGUAAGGUUACCGGCAUAGUGAGUUUUGUAAAUAUAAGCGAUUUCUGAGAAAGGCUGUGAAAUCGCUAAAAGAAAACAGACACGCCCCUAACCAAAAAAACAUAUCCCUGGUUUGAUAGCCCCGCCCCAAUAUGUAGUCCCUCCCCCAUUGUUCGUGGACACGCCCCUUGUGUUCUGUCCGAUCCACUUUCAACAGCCUAUCUUACUAAUUCCUUACUGCACUGCAAAAGCGUUUAUUUUGACACCAUCUGUGUUACAGUACAUAUCUUCAAAACCUCUUUUGUCAAAAUGAUUUCGUUUUUUUUUUUCAUACACUAAUCCAAAAAUGUCCACUUCAGCAGCACUUACAUCACACCAAAUGAUUUUAGAAAGGUUUGUUCAAGGGUUAUUAUAGCUAACUACAACUGAAGCCAUAAAAAAAUUAACAUUUUUAAUAAUGGAAAUAAACGCUAACUGUAAUAAAAAAUAGAGUAAAAUUAAAUCUACUGAUUCACUUCGGCUGAUUGUCAAGGCAACAUUUUUCAUCAGUGUGAAGUACUGAAAUGACUAAAACGAAAUUAAGAAUACUUACAAACACUAUAAAAGUAUAUGAGUGAUACUGAAAUAACACUGCUUUGAUAUAACAUUCAACUAAUAUUAUUUUUUUUUCUGAAAACGUGAUGAUUUUUUUUUUUUCAGAUUUCUAUUCUGGAAAUUUAAGCAUUUAGUGCCUUGUAUGCAUAUUUAAACGUGACAUGUAAAACCAUAUGUUAAACAUUUACCCUGUAGUGUCUUACGUUAAGAUACAUUUAGAUACACUGUGUGGAUGUUGAAACAAAAAAAAUCAAUAUUUAAAUACAAAACGUCUAAUGCGUUAAGCACCUGUACUGUGAAGCUUGUACAUAAUAGUUGAAGGAAGAUUAAUUGAAUCAGUGUUACAAAAAAAAUAAUUUAUAAUAAUUGGAAUUAUAACGCAUCACCCUGGACAUUUUCAUUUUCUUUGAUAGAACAGCCUUUCUCGCAGGUUCGUGGCCGAAUGAGUGCUCAAGAUCAGCUGAUCUCUUCUUAUCGGGAAAGAGGUGUUGCAUUUAUGAACAUUUUAUGAGGGCAAUAGGAUGUAAAUGUCGAUAUAAGAACUACAGAGCUGAGAAAACAGAAAUGUCAUGCCAGUCUUAUAUUUUUGUUCAAAGUGGAUUUUGGGCGCACAGGUUUUGCAGAUAUACACGUGUUUGUUUAAAAACACAAGUAAAAGAAACAACAUAAUCUUUCAUUAUUUUAUCGAUAAAAACGGUCAAAUACUUUCGGAUGCUUUCUAUUCGUCAAACGUGUUUUUGCAUUUUAUAAAACCUAUUUCAAAUGCAUGCUGCUAUCAAUUCAUCAAAGAAUCCUGAAAGAAACGCGUCACUGUUUCCACAUAAUAUAUGGAAGCGACACGUUUUCAACGUUAAAAGUAAUCAAAAACAUGAUAAAUAUUACAUUUUAAAAAAUUACGUUUUAAAAUAGAAAACUGAAAUAUAUUAAAAUACUUUUUUCACAAUGUUUUUCUCUAUUUUGAGUGAAUCAAUGCAGCCCUGGUAAGCAGAAGAAACUUAUGCAUGAUAUUUACAAGUGCACUGAGACUGAGUGAGGUGUGGAUUUAUGCUUGAGAGACAUUUGGAAUGGAAAGAGUAACACCAUCUGUCUAACAUACCGCAUCUGCUGCACAUUAUCUGAAGGUCAUUAUCAGAUAUUUGAUGGUUUAACAACGCUUUAUACGGCUCAACAUGCUCAUGAUGUAACAUCUUGUCCUACUAGAGAAGGAUCUUGUGUUAACAACACGGCUCAUAUUUGCACUGCCUGCACUGUCAUUGUGUUUCCGUGAAGCGGUUUAAUCACGGCCGUAGAUAUCAAGGUUUUAUUCAAAGUUUCAGCAUGACCAAAAACUGCUAACGGAAAUGGCCGGAAGUCUGGGUUUACAGUAUGGUCAAACUAAUUCUAUUCCAUUGCUGUGAGUUUGAAUGUGUUUUAGCCAUUUGGCCAGUAUUAUCUUUGUGAGUUUGACUUAUUACGUUUGAUUGGAGAAGAUAUUUUUCUUCGAUCUGCAUGAAUACGAAGCACUGUGAGUAACGCCUUACUGUAAAUACUAUGUUCAACGCCUUGUUUUUAAUUUAAAUUGUUUGUGUAUGUAUGCGUUAAACAUGUCAGAGCGAUGCAUCUUUUCAUGCUCCAUUAUUAAUUCAGCAAGUGGCAUUCAGUUAACAUUAAAUAAAAGGGCGUGUUUUUAAAAAAUGCUUUUUGAAAUGCAGUUUUGUGCCUGUCUAAUUAAACAAUGGCUGUUAAUUUUGGCAAAUAUAUUACAUCGUUUAAUAAUUCCAUAAAUGCAAACAACCUUUAUUAACUCUAGAAAUGUCGUAAUACUAUGCUAUUUGAAAUCUACCGCUAACUAAUGUUAACUUGUGAGCAACUUGCCUUAAAGUAACAAGUAUUACUGUGGUUGACUCUGUGAGCUGCCAGUAGGUGGCGUGCUUGACCAACAAGUUUUAUUAUUAAAGCAGACGUGAUUUUUGCACAUUAAACUGACCGUUUGCUUCCUGCUUCAGCACUAAUUGUUAAACAUUACUUGAGCAUUUAUAUAAAAAAUAGAGUUUCACAUAAUUAAACAAUAUAUACAUAUGGACAAAAUGUAUUAUUGUGCCCACUUGUGUUACCAGCAAAUCAUUUCAUCUGUCUCUCUAAUGUAGUAUGUGCACGUAAUAUAUUUUUUUCAAGUAAGCAUACCAGUUAAUGAAUGUUUGCCUCUUUGUAUUUUUUUUUUCAGUGAAUGUUUGCUUUUGUUUAUACAUAUCCGAUAUUUCUGUAAUGCGUUGUUGCAUAUACACGUAUAAUGUUGAAUGAAGCCAUUCAAAUCUAUAUCCUCAAUGUGUCCUUCGUGAAUGCUUUUUGCUUUGGUUUUAAAUGUUGAUUUGUAUGAAGUGUCUGCUGCGUUCUUAUCCUGCUGUUGUUGGUCCAAUAAAGGCAAAUCGACAAACUUAA